GUUUGUCCGAAGAGGCCGACGCGUUGUUUGGCGUCGGGGAAGCGCCGAGGAGACUGGGGAAAAGUCGCUGGGGUUUUUGGGUCUUUCGGCGUAUAUUAUCCCCAGCUGUGCCCAGCGUCGCGCCCUAGUCCCCCUCCCCCUUCAUCUCCUUCCUUCACGACCCCCGGACCCGGAUUUCAUAGCUCAUCCACUCACCACUAGACCGCGCCCGUCACUUAUUCUAAAAUGGCUAUCAUGACUAUGUCUGCAGGCCCCUCCGCGCUCAACCCUGCCUCUGUGAGGCCAUACGCAUCGUCCCCGCUCGUUUCGAACGCGUCCUCGCGGCAAACUCGGUCACUCGGAGCUGCACCGUCGUUCCCCGUAUCGCGGCCACUGCGGCCCUUCCCCUCUAUCGCCAACACCAUGUCUCCCGGCCUGUCACAGCGGUCAGGGGCCCAGGGAGGGAAGAGACAGGUCAAGAUCAUCGAGCCGCCUGCGAACACCAAGUGUGCGUUCGUCCUCAACCUCACACAAGCGGAGUUCAGCCGGCAGGAGUGAAUGCGUCCGAGAGAUGCCCAUACCCCGGUCUGACUAUUUAUGUGACGACUCGACGUCCAUCGCUUUGCCCAUCCACUGUACUCAUAGACACGACCUGCCUGAGCGUUACUUGAUGGAGCUUCUACGUGUGUUGCUUUAUGAGCUUCCUACUCCGCCCCUUACACUUCACGUCUCGCGUGGCUCCCCUUCUUUUCCACCUUCUCUGGGAGUCUUGGGUUCUCUGGGUUUCAUGAUAUUUGUUGUAGAAUGUGACAUACCGCGCACGACGGGCAUACAUAGUAGCAUACAACGCAACAUUGCAGUGUAAUCAUAACUGCGAUUCCAAACAUCACAGCCGCGGUAUACCCGGGCGACGGGACCCGCAUAAUGACUCGCGUUUGCUCGCCGCAAGACCGUAGUUAUGCA